CCAGCAGGCCUUGCGCUACUUCCGCCUCCCUCACUUCCGGGCCGCGGGGAUUUCCCGGCCCGGCGGCGCUGGGCCCACAGACCGGGCCCGGCUCAUGGCGGCCGCCGGGGCCGCUUCGUCGGUGGAUACGAAACGAAUCGAAGGAGAUGAAUGGUACGACAGCGGGUUGGGUUCGUUAGGAGAAGGUCAAUUCACUCCAUUAAGUCCACAAAGUCCCGGUCCGGUACCGGAAUGUGCCGUUCAAACCCACCCGGUUGUACCGGAACACGGAGCGGAACAGGAGCUGUGGCUGCGGCACGUGCUGAGCUUCGUCAGCGACGACGGAGACACAGCUCUGCAUCUCGCUGUUAUCCACGACACGAGGGUUCCCUUGACUGCAUCCCUUGCAUGCGCCUGUUCACCCUUUGACUGUCGCCACCUGAGGAAGGAGAGCACGAGCUGUGGCCGGCAGCCCCCUGCACUUGCAGUGGAGGCGCAGCCCGAGCUGGUUUAGCUGCUCCUAAAGGCCGGAGCCUCGACACAGCUCGUGGUUAUGGGGGUCGGCGUCUCCCCGUACAGCGCCCGCCAGUCUGCCCGGACCCGGCUGCCGCAGCUGCUGAGGGACUUCGCUCCUGACAGGUGUGGGGACUCAGACAGUGAGGAAGGAGGAGGACCGGAAAGAGAGAGUGAAAUGGGACAACAGGCAGCGC